UAUAUAAAAGGAUGCUCGCUAAUGGCGCACUUUCAGUUGGAUUCUGAGCGAGCUGCAAGCAGGACAGCAGAAGCUGGAUAGGAACCGAGAGGAGCGGAGCCGAGCUGAGUGUAACACCGAGCCGAGUGGGAAAUGGACACAGCUAGGAAAACUAGCUCACCGUAGUGAGUGUGUGUGUGAGAGUGUGCGUGUCUUAACUGUGUACAUAUAACCGUGUUCGCGACAGUGUUAGUGGCGUGUGCGUGCGAAAAGAACAGAGCUAGUGAGAUGCUCAACCAGGACUGAGACUGAGCGCCAGAGAUAAGGCCGGGAUAAGGCCGGAAUCCACUCUGAUUGACCAGCUGAAGCAGCCAGCCACAACCAUCGCACUGGCGUCGUUUUGCGAGCGCGGCUUAAUGCCCGACUCGAUGAUGGACAUGGAGCACCGGGACCACCAGCUGCACCGCCAGCAGCAGCAUCACCACCAGUCCGCCCGCCAGGUGGCCAGCACCAGUACCAGCACCUUUGCACCGCCAGCUCCGGCGGCCACCACGGCCAGUCCAUCGGCCGAUCAUCGAGAGCGGGAUCGGGAUAGGGAGCGGGAGCGUGAACGUGAACGCGAGCGGGAUCGUGACCUUCAUCUGCAUCAUCAUCAGCAGAGCAAUGCUGCUGCCUCAUCGCCGCUGCCCGUUAAUGCCACCAUGCAGCUGCACCAUCAGCAGCAGCAAACGCAGCAGCCGCUACAGAUGCAGCAGCAGCAGCAGCAGUUGCCGCCAUUGCAGCAGCGCGACCAUCACCAACAGCAGCAGCAGCAGCAGCAGCCGCAGCAGCAGCAACUGCAGCAAAUGGCACCACCACAACAGCAGCUGCCACACAGCCAUCAUGCGUUGAUGCAGCAAUCGCAGCAGCAGCAGGCCAUCCACCGAGCCGAGGCGCGACGAGAUACACAAGCAAAACAUUCACAUGGAUUUCUCUAUUCGGACGAGGAAAUCAGCGAUAAGGCAUCAACAUGCGGCAAAUUGCUAAUAUUUCUAUCCGUGGCACUUGUGAUAAUGACGUUACCAUUCAGUCUCUUCGUAUGCUUCAAGGUGGUGCAGGAGUACGAGCGCGCGGUUAUCUUCCGUUUGGGUCGACUCAUGCAGGGCGGUGCCAAGGGCCCAGGUAUCUUCUUCAUCCUGCCCUGCAUCGACUCGUAUGCCCGCGUGGACUUGCGUACCCGGACCUACGAUGUGCCACCGCAGGAGGUUCUCACAAAGGAUAGCGUUACGGUUUCGGUGGAUGCAGUGGUUUACUAUCGCGUAUCAAAUGCAACGGUCUCUAUAGCGAACGUGGAGAAUGCCCACCAUUCGACCAGACUACUGGCACAGACUACUCUACGAAACACAAUGGGAACUCGGCAUUUGCAUGAGAUACUCAGCGAGCGUAUGACGAUUUCCGGCACAAUGCAGGUUCAACUCGACGAAGCCACCGAUGCCUGGGGCAUCAAAGUUGAACGUGUUGAAAUCAAGGACGUGCGCCUGCCCGUGCAACUGCAACGCGCGAUGGCCGCCGAGGCAGAGGCCGCCCGUGAAGCCCGCGCCAAAGUCAUCGCCGCCGAAGGAGAGCAGAAGGCAUCUCGAGCAUUACGCGAGGCGUCGGAGGUGAUUGGCGAUUCGCCGGCCGCCCUCCAGCUGCGUUACCUGCAGACACUCAACACCAUAUCCGCGGAGAAGAACUCGACGAUUGUGUUCCCGCUUCCCAUCGAUUUGAUAACGUAUUUCCUGAAGACCAAUGAGGCCACAACGCAGCAGAAUGCGGCGGCGGCUGCGGCAGCGAUUGGCAAUACACCGCCACCGUUGCAGCUGGCACCGCAGCAGCAGCAAUAUCAGCAGCAGCCGUAUCAGCAGCAAUAUCAGCAGCCACAGCAGCAGCAGCAGCAACAACCGCAACAGCAGCAGCAGCAGCAACAACAGCCGCCGCAGCAGCAGCAGCAGCAAGCGCCUCAGCAGAUGCAACAACAACUGCAUCAGCAGGGACAGCAGAUCUCAUCCGCUAUGUAAAUCCGCUUCAGGUCAUCAUAUUGAUUCGGCAUUGUCGAAUCGAAAAUGCUCUGCACAAGGCUAAAGAAAAUUCCAGGGUAUCUAAGCUCACAAGUUGUACUUUAAAAAAUCCAAGAAACCAAGCAAAAUAUCGCUUAAUUAUGUUUCUUACUUGUUUUAAUCUGCAAUCUGUAAGCCUAGACAUUCGGUAUUUUCUUCGAGUUCUCUAAACUAUGGCUAAGUGAAUUUACAGGGUAUCAAAGUCAAAAUUUAGUACGCAGAAAACACCACCAGAAACAAAAUUAAAUCAGUCUCUUUUUUUUGUUUCUAACAUAUUUUCUCGUGCCAAGUAUACUCUUCGAUCCUCUGUCAUUUUAAACAAAUUAAUGGGUAUCAAAGCUGGUUAGCUGAAUUUUAAGUUUAAGAGGCACAUUCAUUAUCUCUUGUGUACUGUGUUUCUUUACUCAUUUUCAACUGAGCGCCUUGAUACCCCUUAAUAAGCCAUCGAAAUUAAAUGUUUGUGCAGAACAUUUCAUUAGUCAAAUAAAAACCAACGGAAACAACGAUUCAUGAGAAUCAAAAAAAUGUAGUUCAUAACACCGAUAAGUGCGAUUCGAAUGUGUUCGCCGGAAGGAGGCCCCAAUAGAUAUAUAAUUAUAUAUAUAAUAUUGGGAUUCUGAGGUCAUAUAGGUACGAAAAUACAAACCUAGACUAGUUUCAUACGAGGCGAAAAAUAGAGUUUAAUAUUUGUAGCUUUACGACCAGAGGAUGCAAUUCUAAAGAUAAUACGUAGGACUUAGCAAGGUGCAAUUUACCACACUAUAUAUAAAUAUAUAUAAAAACAAAAUGCAUAUACAUAUACAUAAGUUACAGGUAAGCCUGUCAAUUCAAAAAUCCCAAAAUAAAUCAAAAAAAUAAACUCUCUAAAACACUUCGCACAAAACAUUUACACAGUUAUCGAAAUAUCGUAAAUAAUCAGCAAGUUAAUAAUUCAAUAAUAUCAUAGUUAAAUCGAUGGCCGCUCAGGUGAAAAUUCUAAAACCAACCAGUUUUGAGAAUUUUGAAUUUGAAAAUUCGAUAUAGUCAAAAAUGGUUGGUUUGGUUUUGUAUUUUCACACCUAAAAACUGAUAUGACCAUUGAUUUUUGUUGUUUUUUUUUUUUGUUUUUUCUUAUCUCCUAAAUGUCCGUUUUCUUAAGUGUCAGUUAAGGGGUAUAUUUCUUUUCGAAAACCUAAUUAUUAAAAUGUUUUUGUUAUAAACUAUAUUUUAGACAAUUUUGUAAAGACAUUCUAUGAAAAUGAGGCGGAAAAUCGUCAAAUAAGACCAACGCCAAGAUGAAUUCGCUUCAUUUUAUAGAAUGCCUAAGCAAAAGAGGAUAAAUGUAGUAAUUUUUAAUUAAAAGGUGAGAGCAUACGAUUGUGAACAAUAUUUUCUAAAAACUUCUGAUAGUUGUCCUUUGCCACUUCGACACUAUCACUUCUAAGAAUUUGAUCAAUUUCGUCCCCAAAAUGUUACCCUUUGCAAAGGCGUCUCUGGGUAGCAUUUAACUUUUCUAUUUUUGCUUCACAAUCCUAGCUAUAUCCCUGUACUAUAUGUUUUUGUUAUAUACUACAUUUUAGAUGAAUUUGUAAAGACAUUCCAUGAAAAUGUUUCGGAAAAUCGUCAAACCAAGACCAACGCCAAGAUGAAUUUCGCUUCAUUCCAUAGAAUGUCUAAACAAAUUAGCAUAAAAGUAGUGGGAGCAUACGAUAAGUUUCUAAAAACUUCUGAUAGUUGUCCUUGCCACUUCGACACUAUCACUUUUAAAAUUUCUAGCGAUUUCGUCCACGAACCUAAGACAGUGGACUUUUUUUCUAAAUGUUACCCUUUGCAAAGGCGUCUUAGGGUAGCAUUUAGCAUUUUUGGCUCCACAAUUAUUUUUCGAUAUAAUCAGAAUUAUUUUAAUCACAACGAAUGACAUUAACUACAUUAAGAAAACGGGCCCGACGCAUAUUAUUAAUAUACAUAAUAUUGAACAGUUGAUAAAUGCAUUUUAAAAUGGAUUAACCUGGUUAGGAUAUGGGCCUACUUUGGGCAGAUAAUAGACAUAUUUGAACAGUUGAUGAAAGCGUUUUGUAAAUGUUUAGCCUUAAGAUGUUUGCCCUGUUAAUUAUGGAUGACUCUAAAUAUAUAUUGCUGUAUACUUAGCUCUUGCAUAUGAAUGUAUAAAACGUGAUCGGCUAUGCCUCGAUGUAUAUUAGAGAAAAAUGUUGUCCGCACUUGCAUAAGUAAAUACUUUAAAGUCUUGGUAUUGAUAUUGGAUAUUGAUAUUGAUAACUUGAAAUAUUACCAUGUGUAUAAAAUGUGAUGACACAAGUUGCAGAGUACACCCCGGAUUCCUAGUUACUUCAAUUGUUAUUCUGUUUCAACUAGAGUUUGCCCAGGAUACUAGCCGAUUUGUUCGAUUCACUUGCACCUCGGACGACUGUGGCCGAGACCAGUGGUUGCCAUAUGGAGCCUUACGAUCAAAUCCGUUAGUGAGCAACGUUCGUAGGUCCAAAUACGAAUGCCAAACAAUAAAUAAGAGUAAUACGAAUUUAUUGUACAUACAAUAAACAAAAAUAGCAAAUAUGCCCAAACUAUACAGAACUGUUUUACCCCAAAAUGCAUGGCGGAUAUGUACAUAUAUAUCCCCAACAUAUAUAUUCGCCCCCAAUAAGAUAUAUACAUCGUGCAGGAUCUUCUCUGUCGGAGUAGCGAGCCAAAAUGAAUACAUUAAUAUACAUUUGUCAGUAGUCACCAGUCCCUUAAAACAAAAACAAAAAAAGAUAAAGCAAAAUUAACCUAAAUCGAAUUAGAAUCGGUCCUUUCAAAGUGCAUUUGCAAGACACUGAAACGUUUACUUUUUAGCGCACUUCAUGGAUUAAAAUCGAGUUAUUGAAUUAAUUAUAUAUACAUAUACAAGACAAAACAUAACGAAUUACAUAUUAUGUACAAUUUUGCCUUUGAACAAUUUUUAAACGGAAACGAUUUCAUUAUUCUAUAUACAUACAUGUAUU